CUGUACCGUCACGUUCCUUUCUUCCUCUCUCCUCCCACCCUGUCCUUACCUUUUUCUCAUCGCUUCCUCCUCGUGCAUUCUCGUCUUCUCUCCCUCUCCCCUUCUCCCCUCUUUUCCUCUCCCCCUUUCCUCCCUUCUCCAUCCCGUGCAGAUUCGGCCUAUGGUGGAGCCCACAAAGGCACUGCUCAACACAACCAUCCACUACACGUGGCCAGAGCUCUACAAAUCAGGCAACUACGUCGCCGUGUUCUGGCUCUGGGCGCCAGUUGGUGUGAUCUACAUCAUGGACCUUCAAAUAUUCUACGCCAUUUUCUCCUCUGUCGUGGGCUACAUCAUGGGCGUCUUUGCUCAUAUCGGGGAGGUGAGCCACGUGAAGCUACUCACGCUGCGCUUCCGCUUCCUGCCGCGUGCCAUGCACCUCAACCUGCUGCCGCCCUCCACCAACACCCAGCGCCGUGGCGGCAUGCGCAGCGCCAUGGCUCGCAUGUGGAACCGCAUGGUCAUGACCUACGGGCUCGUCUCGCCUGACACAUGGGAGACGGACGAGCGGUGGGUGGUGCUGUGGAACAGCAUUAUUGCGAGCUUCAGAGAGGAGGACCUGCUGUCUGACGCCGAGCUGAACCUGCUCUCUAUCCCUGAAGCGUACACCAUUGCCACUGUUUCCCGCUGGCCCAUUGUGCUGCUCGCCGAUCAGGUGGGGAAGGCCAUGACCAUCGCCGGCAGGUGGAAGAACUCCUCCUCCUCCCUCUGGCGCCGCCUCUGCUCGUCCGACUUCUGCCGCUGCGCCGUGCUCGAGACCUUCGCCCUCUUCCGCCUCCUCCUCUCCCACCUGCUCAUCGCCGGCACCCCUGAGCACCGCAUGGUGCAGCAGCUGCUGGCGGAGAUCGAUGGUGCAGCUAGCGGCGCAGCAGGGGAGGCGCACACCGAUAGGGACUUUGUGGAUGACUUCAACCUGGGGAAGCUGCCUGCCGUGCAGGCGAAGCUCGUGGCCCUCACUGCGUUCCUUCUUAGAGGGCCUACCGAGGAAGAACUUCCCAAGGCCAUCAUGCUGGUGCAGAACCUGCACGAGGUGGCAGUGCGGGACUUCUGGAGCGCGAGCAACUACACGCUGCUGCUCUCCAAGGGCGUCAUCCCGCGCUCCACCCCGCCCGCCUCGCCGCUCUACGUGGGCGCCAUCCGCCUGCCCGACCCCUCCGACCCCACCUACUUCGCCCCGCUGCAGCGCCUGCACUCCCUGCUCACCUGCCAGAACGCCAUGGCUACCAUCCCCGCGAAUCCCGAGGCCAGGAGAAGGGUGACGUUCUUCUGCAACUCGCUGUUCAUGGCCAUGCCGCCCGCGCCGUCGGUGCAGCGCAUGCGGUCGUUUUGUGUGAUGACUCCGUAUUACAACGAGUCUGUGAUGUAUUCGCCGGAUGAGCUGCGGCGGCCGAAUGAGGAUGGCAUUUCGCUGCUAUACUACCUCCAAAACAUAUUCCCAGACGAGUGGAAGAACCUGGAGGAGCGGCUGGGGGUGCGGGGCAGGGAGGUGUGGGAGUUUGACGACGGUGCUGAGGUGUGCCGCUGGGCCUCCUACCGUGGACAGACCCUUGCUCGCACCGUGCGCGGCAUCAUGUACUACCACAGGGCACUGGACCUGCUUUCCUACUUCGACACCGACCCAGACGCCCCUCCCACCGAAGGUCGUGAGCUUCAUUCCAAGCCCCAACCCACCGCCGCACCUGCCGCCGAAGAGGUCUCCGCUGCCGCCGCUGCCGCUGCUGCCGUCGCCUCCGCCUUUGGCGGCAGCGGGAGAAGGCCAGACGCCAGCUGGGACUCCCAGGCUUCACUAGAGCAAAUGCGGGAGCAGAUCUCGCAGCACCUGGGGCAGCAGCGGGAGUACGACCCCCAGUUUUCCCUCGCCGACGUGAAAUUCACGUAUGUCGUCGCGUGCCAGAUUUACGGCGAGCACAAGCGCAAGAACGACCCGAAGGCGCGGCACGUGUUGGAGCUCAUGCAGGAGAAUCCCGCGCUCAGAAUCGCAUAUGUGGACGAACAGCCGCCCACGCCGGGAUCGGGCGGUGGGACGCGGUACUACUCCGUCCUGGUGAAAUGGGACCAGUGGAAUCAGCGCGAGGUGGAGAUUUUCCAGGUGCAGUUACCCGGCCCGAUCAAGAUCGGCGAGGGGAAGCCGGAGAAUCAGAACCACGCGAUCAUCUUCACGCGCGGGGAGGCGCUGCAGACGAUAGACAUGAACCAGGACAGCUAUCUGGAAGAGGCGCUGAAGAUCCGGAACUUUCUGGAGGAGUUUUCGGAGUCGCGGAGAAGGAUUCUGGGGAUGCGGGAGCAUGUGUUCACGGGGAGUGUGUCGUCGCUCGCAGCGUUCAUGUCGGCUCAGGAGACGGCGUUUGUCACCAUCGGGCAGCGCGUGCUGUAUAAUCCCUUGAAGGUGCGCAUGCACUACGGGCACCCAGACGUGUUUGACCGCGUGUGGUCGCUGGCACGGGGUGGCAUCAGCAAGGCGUCGCGGGUGAUCAACAUCAGUGAGGACAUCUUUGCUGGCUUCAACACCACUCUCCGACGCGGGGCAAUCUCCCACCACGAGUACAUUCAGGUGGGCAAGGGGCGUGAUGUGGGGCUGAAUCAAAUCUCCCUUUUUGAAGCCAAAGUAGCAAGCGGCAACGGAGAGCAGCUGCUGUCACGGGACGUGUACCGGCUGGGCCACGGGCUGGACAUAUUCCGCCUGCUCUCCUUCUACACCACCUCCAUUGGCUUCUUCUUCAGCACCGCACUCACCGCCAUGGCCGUCUACGCCUUCCUCUGGGGGAGGUGCUAUCUGGUGCUGUCCGGCGUGGAGGCGACCAUUGCGACGUCAGACAACCAGGCGCUAUCCACUGCCAUCAACCAGCAAUUCCUCGUGCAGAUUGGGCUGUUCACGUCGCUGCCGAUGCUGAUGGAGCUGAUACUGGAGAAGGGCACGGGGGCUGCGAUCUGGGAGUUCCUGCUCAUGCACGUGCAGCUCUGCUUCGCCUUCUUCACCUUCUCCCUCGGCACGCGCGCUCACUACUUCCUGCGCACGCUCAUGCAUGGCGGGGCCAAGUAUCGAGCAACAGGGCGUGGGUUUGUGGUGAGGCACGAGCCAUUCGCGGAGAAUUACCGGCUGUACUCGCGCAGCCACUUCAACAAAGCAGUGGAGCUCCUCCUCUGCCUCGUCAUCUACAUGCUCUACUCCUCCCUCCGCGCCUCCACCGCCUACUGGCUCCUCUCCCUCUCCGCCUGGAUCCUCGUUCUCUCCUGGCUGGUCGCCCCCUUCGCCUUCAACCCCCUGGGGUUCGACUGGCUCAAGUGUUGUGAUGACUGGGAGGAGUGGACGGCGUGGCUGUGGGCGAAAGGAGGGAAGGGGGUGACGGAGAAGCAGGCGUGGGUGGUGUGGUGGGAUGAGGAGAGGGCGCAUCUGAAGACGACGGGGUGGGGCGGGUUGCUAGUGGAGACGCUGCUGGCGCUCAGGUGGUUCUUCUUCCAGUAUGCGCUCGUGUACCGGUUGGACGUGGCGAGUGCGAGCACGAGCAUCGUGGUCUACGUGUACUCGUGGCUCUUCAUCUUCGCCAUGGGCCUCUUCUGGAUCUCCCUCACUCUCUGCGACCUCUACCUCUCUCUCCGCGCGCACCGCCUCGACCGCGCCAUCAAAACCACCAUCUGCCUCGUUUUCCUCGCAGCCUUCAUUACCGCUCUCUCAUUCACCAACCUCUCCUUUUCAGACGUUUUCCUGCUUCCUCUAGUCUUCCUCCCCACCGGAUGGGGGUUCCUGCAACUGACUCUUGUGGUGGCUGCGGCAUUCCCGGUGGUCGAGACUUGGUGGACAUGGGGGCUUGUGAGGAGCUUUGCAAGGACUUAUGAGUUUAUUAUCGGGCACAGCGAGGCAGCCAUGGGGUUGGUGGGGGAGAUCCUGGGCCAUCCAGACGAGUUCAUGCCGCUUUUACGAAUUCGGCACAUGGCGAAGAUGGUGGCGAAGCUUCCCGACGACGAGGAUUUCGCCUUCUGCUACGGCAUGCUCAACCGCGUUAGUAGGAGCUUCGCAUUCGUCAUUCAACAACUGCACCCGCUGCUGCGCGACCCGGUCUGCAUCUUCUACCUCGUCCUACGCGCGCUCGACACAGUCGAGGACGAUAUGGCAGUACCCAUAGACGAGAAGGUCCCCAUCCUCAUCGCCUUCCACCAACACAUCUGCGACCCCGACUGGAAAUUCGUCUGCGGUACCAAGGACUACAAGGACCUCAUGCAGCGGCUCUACCACGUGCGCCACGCCCUUGAGAAACUCGAGCCCAGGUACAAGGCUGUGAUUCUGGACAUCACAAAGCGCAUGGGCGCAGGCAUGGCGUCCUUCAUCACCACCGAGGUGGACAAAGUGGCGCAGUACGAUGAGUACUGUCACUACGUGGCAGGGCUGGUGGGCAUCGGGCUGUCAGACCUCUUCCACGCCGCCAACCUGGAAGAGGCGUUUGAGGAGUCGCUCUCCAACUCCAUGGGGCUCUUCCUGCAGAAGACCAACAUCAUCCGCGACUAUCUAGAGGAUAUCAAUGAGGAGCCCGCCCCGCGCAUGUUCUGGCCCAAAGCCAUCUGGGGCAAGUACGCCUCGCGCCUUGAGGAUUUCAAGGAUGUGGAGAACAAUGGCGCCGCAGCAGUGAAGUGUGUGAACGAGCUGGUGACCAACGCACUGGGCCAUGUGUCUGACUGCCUCACCUACAUGCAACGCCUCAGAGACCCCCAAGUCUUCCGAUUCUGCGCCAUUCCCCAGAUCAUGGCAAUGGGCACGCUCUCACUGUGCUACAACAACAUUGGCGUCUUCGAAGGCGUGGUCAAGAUGAGACGAGGGCUGGCGGCAAAGGUGAUGGAGCAGACGUGGAGCAUGGCAGAUGUGCGCUCCUCCUUCACUGACUUUGGCUUCGAGAUCCUGAAAAAGGUGGACGAUUCAGAUCCAAACUCGCAAGCAACGCGAGAGUGUAUUGGCAAGAUCAUCGCCUCUUGCAGAACAGAGGGGAGGCUUGUAAGGGGACGCCUGUCAGUCUGCGACAACGCCAAGUGGCGGUACCUGUUUUAUUUAUUCCUUAUUGUUACACUGAUCUUCUAUGUGGUUUCAUACUUGAGUAGCGCCUUAUCAUCAUAG